AUGCUGAGUCCGUUGCAAGGCACCGUUAUCUACGCCUGCUUGUCAGACAGAUAUAAGAGCCCAAUCCGUAAUCGUGAGAGAAACGCUACGGCUAUGUCUUCCGCACAAGGAGCAGAGUUGCAAACACUAGUUCGAACUCUUUCUACGCUUCAGCGUAUCUACUUCUCCUCAGUUGCAGCUCUCGCGUGGCUGGUCUUCGACAUCACUAUCACCCUGGGAGAGGAGUAUGAAUUCAUUUGGAAAGCGAGAUGGUCCUUCCCAAAAGUGCUGUACCUAGCCGCUAGAUAUUACGGGCUAUUCAAUUUGGCUUACUACAUCAGCGUUCGACUGUUUCAGAAGACUAGUAAGGUUUCAUUUACCUCUCAUGAGCUUGGGAAUGAUCAUGUUCCAAUUAGCUGCCGGGCAUGGGUUUGGUUUGAUGGCUUCAGUAACUCGGUUUUUUUCACUACCACUGUUAACAUGCUCUUUGUAUUGCGGGUGCAUGCUCUGUACGAAAAGAAGAAGACAAUGCUAGCUUUUCUUUUAUUCUUGUUCUUUGCGGAGUUUAUUGUUGAGGUGAUAUGUACGGCACUCACCGUGCAUUCUGUGACAAUCAACGAUAGGACGCCCGGCUUACCUAUCCUUGGCUGUUCGAGUUCAACUGUCCCUCAUUGGACUUUGAUGUCAUGGAUUCCGUGUCUCAUUGUGGCUUGUAUAUUCUACAUACUAACCGCAUACAAGUUGGCCAAAAAUAUGGACGUCCACAAUUGGUUCAAUCUGAAGCUAUUCUUGUCACGUCUACAUGCCCAUCCUUUGAUGGAUGUUUUCUAUCGGGAUGGAAGUAUAUUCUUCGGCAUGAUUUUUCUUGUGAUCCUCUUGAACACAGUGUUCAAUGUGAUCGGAGGAACGUACCUCGAAAUUGGAGCCCCCUGGCUUUCUGCAACGUAUUCCGUAGCAGGUUCGCGGCUGGUUCUGAAUCUCAAGACGAUAAGCGCAUCGCCCAAUUCCACGCUUGAGAUGCGCAGCUUCUCUGUGGCCCCAGGGACAUUCAGAGCUGCUUCGAAUGUGCAUGACGGUACGGAAACCUAUUCCAUCCCAUUGCACCGGCGCUCGGAGCAUUGA